AUGCAAGAGGUGGAAGAAGCCUUGGCACUCGUAGGCGAUGAGAUUCAUCUAAUUUCAUGCCGUCACUUCUUCCUGCGAACACGUCGACGUAGCCAUGGCGAAGACGAAGAACAAUGGGCGAGCAGGGCCCAAGCCUCGGUGCUCUCUGUGUGUGCACCUGCAAGGUUUUGCAGAGAUUUUCUUCGUUUGGAUUUGUUCCUCCUGUGGCCCCAGAGUGUUCAGUGCUAUGUUACAGCAACAUGUCUCAGUGUCUUGUGCGAAGCCGGCAGCAUGACUCCGACGCCAUGCAGUGGUGCUCCGACUAGCUUGGAGAUGUGGUCGCGUGGACCGAUUCUUGAUGACUACCGGUCCUUUGGCGAGUACUACUCGCCUUCGGAGUGGAGCUCGCCACCUUACUGGUCUCUGGUCGAGCAGAUCAGUACGUUGAGCAAGGAGAAGAUUCUGCUGCUGAACGAGUGCAGCGAUCUUCGCAGCGACAACCAGGCCAUUCGGGUCGACAACGAGCAGCUGCACGAAGCGAAGCCGCGGCUCAGCGACGCUUCUCUGCCGAGCACCUGCGACUCUGACGGAGAGCAGCCUCCGGAGGAGCCUUCAGAGGCAUUGGAGAAGCAGGUCUGGGCCUGGCUGUCCCUGGAGGUCCAUCACAGAAUUGUCGUUUGA